UGCCCCAGCCAAGUCCAGGUUAUAUUAUGUGCUUCUGACACACUAGCUAUGAAUUGGAGGCUCCUAUGAUUCCUCCUUCAGGUUUGCUAGUAUCACUCAGAGAACUGAGGGAAACAGUGUAUUUGCUAGAUUAUCAUUUUAUAAUAAAGAAUACAACUCAGAAACAGCCAGAUGGAAGAGAGAUGCAUAAGGCAGAGGAGGAGUGUGGAACUCCCCUGCCUACUCUGGGCUCAUCACCCUCCCAGUACUUCCAUGUGUUCACUAACCUUAAGUUUCUCUGCACCUGUCCUUUAGGGUUGUUCUGUAAUCUUCAGUAAGCCGGCAUGAUUGAUUAUGUCAUUGCCCACUGAGGAUCAUCUUAGCUUUUAGCCCUCUGCUCUACCCGCCUCCCUUCCCAAGGUAGGGCUGAAAGUUCCAGCCCUCUCACCACUGGCGGGUUCCCCUGGCAAUCAAACCACUUCCUGAGGCUAUCCAGAAGCCAUCAGACAUCAUUCAUCUCAUUAGCAUAAAAAAGACACUGGUAUUCCUAGAGUUUUAGGAAUUUGGGUGCCAGGAAAUGGAAGAACAAAGUGUGUAUUUCUUCAUGUUAACCUUGUGUGACAACCAUUUUUUUCUUUUUUGUUUAGAUCUUGUUGCAUACCAAAACAGCAGUUUUAAGACAACUUGUUGACAGCCCAAGCUUCAGUUUGGGCUUGACGUGUUUCACUAUUAGUGCUCCUGUAUACUUUUUCAUUAGUGGUCCUGGUGUUAACAUUUGGGAACUUAGUAUUUUUGCAUAGUUUUAGGAAUCUAUUUUCUUUAUAAAUAACACUGUUCAGUGAUAGCAGCAGGCAACAAAUACUUUGAUAUGACUCUACUUCCUGAGAUUACUGCUUUUAUAUCUGAAAUGUUGAAAUACUCAUGUUUUAGCCUUUUUGGAGACAAUACAUGGUCAUUGAUUUCGUGAUACCAUAUUCCUUUAUUGAAGCAAUCUGUGUGUUUAUUUUUAAAUAGGAAGUGUAUCUCGACAAUGUUAGUUUCAGUCUGUGUGACCUUGACCAAGUUACUUUAAUGUCUGCUGUAGUUUUUCAGUUUCCAAGAUGGAAUAGUUAUAGUACGUAUCCUCCUCACGGUUGUGAGGAGUGCAUGACACAUAGAGAGUGCUCAGUGAACGAUCAUUUUUCUGAGUGCUUGUGAUUUCACGUAUUUUUGCUGGACUUGUAAAAGAGACACUUGGAUGGUGGAUUAACGAGACACUAACAUUCUGUGAAAAGUUUCAAAUUGGAGAAUAUUGAAUUUUCACCCUAGUCCAGCAGCUCUGCUGCUCACUUAAAUACAGAUGAAUGAAGACCCCAUUCGGAAAGACACCUGGCCAGCGGUCCAGAGCUGAUGCAGGAUAUUACAAAGGAUACAGAUGAACAGCCAGAUGGAAGAAGGAGAGAUGCACAGGGCAAGGCAUGCAGAAAGGGGCAUUGGCGCAUCUACCACCCUCCAGGAACCUCCAGGCCAUGCUGGAGUAUCUGCCAACAUGAUGAAGAAGAGGACAUCCCACAAAAAACAUCGGAGCAGUGUGGGUCCGAGCAAACCUGUUUCCCAGCCCCGGCGGAACAUCGUAGGCUGCAGGAUUCAGCAUGGGUGGAAAGAGGGGAAUGGCCCUGUUACCCAGUGGAAAGGAACCGUUCUGGACCAGGUGCCUGUAAAUCCUUCUUUGUAUCUUAUAAAAUACGAUGGAUUUGACUGUGUUUAUGGACUAGAACUUAAUAAAGAUGAAAGAGUUUCUGCGCUUGAAGUCCUCCCUGAUAGAGUUGCAACAUCUCGAAUCAGCGAUGCACACUUGGCAGACACAAUGAUUGGCAAAGCAGUGGAACAUAUGUUUGAGACAGAGGAUGGUUCUAAAGAUGAGUGGAGGGGAAUGGUCUUAGCACGUGCACCUGUCAUGAACACAUGGUUUUACAUUACCUAUGAGAAAGACCCUGUCUUGUACAUGUACCAACUCUUAGAUGAUUACAAAGAAGGCGACCUUCGCAUUAUGCCUGAUUCCAAUGAUUCACCUCCAGCAGAAAGGGAACCAGGAGAAGUUGUGGACAGCCUGGUAGGCAAACAAGUGGAAUAUGCCAAAGAAGAUGGCUCCAAAAGGACUGGCAUGGUCAUUCAUCAAGUAGAAGCCAAGCCCUCCGUCUAUUUCAUCAAGUUUGAUGAUGAUUUCCAUAUUUAUGUCUACGAUUUGGUGAAAACAUCCUAGAUGUCAUCACAAACUCUGCCAAAUUUGUGGAACUAUGAAAUGUAUUAUUUGUAGACAUAAAGACUUGAUUGCUUUCCAGUUUAAUGAAAGCUUAAAUGUCCCUGCGAACCCACAAUCUCUGCCAGCAGAACUGGUUUUGUUCUGAAUAGUACAGAUUGAUGUGAACACAAAGCAUUUUGUGUAAGGAGAACCCCUUUCUUUUAAAAGAAGUCUGUCUAUUUGGAGGGGAGUUACAGGCAAGUUUGGUAAAAGUUAAGCUAGUAUCAUAGUCAUUUAAAAUUGUAAUAGAUCUUAACCAUUUUCCCCCUCACCUUAACCCUCUUAUUCUGCCGCCACAAUGCAAGCAUAGUUUGAUGUUUUCGUUAUUGCCUUUUUUGAGAUAUAUGUAUCUGUAUCUACCUAUAUCUAUAUGUGUGUAUACAUAUAUAAUAUAUACACACAGAUACAUGUGUACACACACACACACACACACCCCCCACACACCCCACAGUCCCCACACACCCCACUGGCAGUCUUUUCUUUGUGGAUUAUUAGUAUGGGGGUGACAUAAUUUUCUUGAGUUUAACAGGAGUGCUUUACCCAAGUCAGUCAUGGUUAUGAUAUUACUGCUCUUUAUUUCAAAUUAAACUUUGGGCACAGGAAGCAUAUGGGAACAUUUCAGCUUGUUUCAAAAAAUCAGAAGUUCAGAGCACCUUUUCAAUCUGGAGCCCUUAAACCAUAAGUCCAAAUAUGAAUUACUUGUGAACAGUUAAUGACUCAUUAGAAUUUUACAAUCUGGUGAAAAAUCUGGGUAAAAGGCUACCUUUAAGUCUAAGCUUUGAAUUUUUUUUGUUGUUGUUGUUACAUUUUAAUCAUAAAUUCUUUUUAGCAAAGCCCAGGUCCUUGUUCCACACAGUGUAAUGUAGGUGUAUUUCGGACAGCACAUGUGGUACAUUGUGUACAAAUCGGUAAUCUGGAUUUCAGUACAUGAAUUUAAAAGGCAACAAUACAUCACUGGUUUGCGUGUUUUUGGUAAGUUUCUGGAAGAAUACUAUGCUUUUAUAUUGGAAGUGUAAGUUUUGAGUGGCAUUGUUGCCUUCUAACAAGCUCUCUGGGACUUUUAAAUUUUUAUUACUAUUAUUGCUAAUGUAUAAUUAUGGUCAGAAACUUUCAACCCACCCCUUUCCCCUACCCCCUGGCUUUUCCUCACAAAGAAUGUCUAGACAAAUAGCAGCUUAGUCUCCUGACACCUUGUGGGGUGCAUGUUCCUGCUCCAGGUGUGCCGUUAAUGUGGAUUCAUUCCAUUCAGUGGCCCCUUGGGGUUUGCAUGUCAGUGAUGCGUUACCAUAGAAGAAAGCCAGCCGUUUGUGUUCGCUUGGUGGGUGUCAGUAAUAGCAGCCCUUAGCCACGGAGUCUUUAUGUGGUUUAUUCCUGCAAGGUUGUUUUAAACUGAAAUAGAACUGCUAGUGUGAUUGGUUGAUCAGCAAAACAGCUGCUCUCACUUUGUUUUGGAGGAACCCUGGUGGUUUGACAACCAGGAGAAAGGCCAUAUGUGAAACCAGUCUCUUGUGGAGAUUGGAAAUCCUCCCUGAUAUUUGGGCAGAGCCUAAACGUGCAUGCUUAUCACUCAGACACCAAAAGUUUGAAUCAGAGGUCCGAGUGACCUCUUUUGUGGCUGUUCUUGAUGGUUUCCAGGCCUCGUUAUGCAUGGUUUGCUUGAUGCCCAUUUUUUGUGCCUUGUGCUGUUGGAUGGUAACGACCACUCACCAUGUAAACACAGUACCUCAGUUUUCUGUCCACAGCUGCAGUUGCUCUGUCCCUGGUGCUUCACUGUGGGCAGCCAGGGACAAGCUUCUGAAAGCAGUGUGAUACCCAAGUCAUAGGUGCUUCUCGUGUGUGAACAGGUGUUAUUCUGCAGCUCUGCUAUGUGUUUUCCUGUUGACUCUUUAAGAGUCCCUGCAUGUAAAUCUCGAAGCUGAGCCUGGCUCCCGGAGGCCAGACUGACAUUACAGCGCAGGAGUUUGCAAGUGUGUCCAGCAUGCACGGACUGUGCAGAACUUGGCUCGGUCACUUUGGGUGGAAAAAUAAAGUUCAUUUUGAAGUAUCUUGAGGGUUGGGUCAAUUGAGACAUUACUAGCAUUACUUAAUGACUUGCAUUGUGGUUUUUCUGCAAGCAACUUUAAUGACUUUUUUUAUACCACAUGGUCUCCCAGUUUCUAGAUGAAUGCAACAUGAUGAUGGUGAUGAUGACGAUGAGUUUAAUCAUUGUUCCAUUUAUUGCCUUUAGGGCUGAGGGAAAGGGAAGAUUUUUUUUUUCUCUCCCCAUUUUCCCCCGUUCUGUCUUUCUUUUGGUGGCUUACACCACACUUAAUGACGCUAUGACUAAUUCUGCUCCCAAGCCCUUGUAUCUUGGGCUUCGUUUUAGGCUCACGUGUCAGAUCUGCAUGCAUUGCUUGCAUUUUUCUGGUAUCUGAAUGUUGGUUCCUUCUUCCAGGAAUUCAACAUUAAUUUCCAAAAGUAUCAUGGGACUUGUGACAACACAAGACAUGAAUCUAUGUAUAAAAUUUAUCGGCCUUUCUCAUUUACCUGCUCUAGUAUUAUUGUAUUGUGUGUGCGUGCGUGUGUGAUGUCAGGCUGCCACGUAAAACUUCAGAGAAAAAUCUUAAAAGCAGACCAUCCUUUUUUGCAUGCUCUAUUCUAAGUAGAAUGUUCAAUGUAACUGACUAAAAUUGCAUGUUAAAGAUAUUUAGGUUUUUUUGUUUUCUUUAUUUUUAUUUGUUUUCAGUUUCCUGUAUAUUUGCUUACUGUGCCGUUUUAGUGGUUUUAGGAUAAAAAUGCACUGGUGAAGCAAAUGUAGUGCCAACAGAAGGUGAUUUUCCAGUUGUAAAUGUCAUGCAGCAUUUGAAGGGACUGUGUUUUCUUAAAAAAAAAAUCACAGUUACUUCUAAAUCAGAUUUCGUUUCUUUUAUCGUUUUAUGUGCCAAACCACGAAGUGCAUUGGGCUUGAAUCUCUGAACACUGUAGACCCAUUAGAAGACUGUUCCGAUUGUCACAAAUUGUAGUGCCUGAAAACACUCUUAAGCUGAUUGUCUUAAAAAAAUGAAAGUUCUCCAAAGACAAAACAGGAACAAUUAUUAUAACAAAAUAAUUAUGGUUGAAAUGUCUGUGGUUCCUUGGAAAUGCUGCGCUCUUUGUGUUUUCCAUCAUUAGUGCAGUUGGAAUGAAUGUGUACAGGUCAGAGGUCUUCGUGUUCACAUUUUAAAAUUAGGUAAAUGACCUCAUCUUUCAAGCUUGAAUUCAUUUUUAAUUUUAAUUUUAUUUUAUACAAUGUGUAGACAGUUCCCUGUUCUCUGCAUUUAGAAGUAUACACAAUAUAAAUCUGUUAAUUCUGUAAGUAAUUUUUAUAAUUAUGAUGUAACUCUAUCUUAUCCUUAAAACAUUUAAAAUAAACCCUUUAUGUGCAACUCC